AUGUCUAGCCUUUCUGAGAGAAUUGAGCUGGUCAAACAACAUGACGCAGAAAAGGCGGAUUUAUUUAAGGCUCUCGUGGACCAGUUCAAAGCUCUAGAAGAGGAAAAACAGAAAAUCCAACAGGAGCUGGAGUUGUCUCGAUAUCUCUGUGAAAAGCAGCUGGUAGACCUGAAAGUGAAGGCUCAAGAUGUCAAUAACCUCCAAAAGACAAUGGAUUGUGACCCUUUUGUUCUGCUGCUGGUAGAUGGCGACAUCACCAAGUUUUUGGACGAAUACAUCAAGAGAGGAGCUCCUGGUGGCCACGAUGCCGCACGCGAUUUGAGAAACGCGGUUUAUUCACACUUUCAGCCAAAGCCCAAUUUUCUGCUAGACACCAAGAUUAUUAUCCAUAUCUUUGCCAAUAUCGCAGGCAUGAUAAAGACUUACCAGGACUCGAAAAUAAUGUCGGACCCCGUUGUCGUCCGACAAUUUCUGCAAGGCUUUAAUCGAGAACAUGCACUAUCACACUUCAUUGAUGCAGGAGAUGAUAAGGAAGCAGCUGACAGUAAAGUCAAAGGCUCUGGUGACUCGAGUUAUGCUGGGUUUUUCCGACAAUUUUCGUUGACCACCCAAGUAUGCUCAAGAAUAGUUCUGGUCGAAUCAGUGCCUUUCGCAACCAAAUUCAGUGAAGUGGCCGACAAAUUUGAAAAGACUGAAUUCAAGACCAUCUUUCGAGAGACUAAGAUUGACACCAGACGACUGUCAUUCCGGGACGAGGCAGCUGGUCGUUCUCGAGGAUCGCCACCUCCAAGUCAUGCCUCCCCAAGUUAUGCUUCGACUGUGAAGCACGCAGGCCAGUCUCAAACAGAUGUUGAUCUUACCAAAGAUAUGACUGGUUCUACUGGUCCUGAACGCCCAGAUGGUAGGAAAAUUUAUCUGAAUAAGGACGGAUAUCGUGUGGACAAAGAUGACAUGUUGGCUCAAUUCGAGCAACUCACCGCUCAACAUGAUUCCGUCAAACGAGAACUUUCCAUGGCCCAAGACACUGCUCGUACUUACUACGAGAGAAUGCUGCAAGCUCAAUCUGAUGCCACAAGGAUCAUCGAAACAGUUGUGGAAGGUGAUCGUUUUGUUCUGGUUCUCGUGGAUGCAGACAGUGUACCGUUUGUUGAUGAUUUUGUUGCCAAAGGCAUGAUAGGUGGCGAGGAUGCAGGCAAACAUCUUCGAAUCGCAGUUGAAGCUUACCACAAACUCAACUCCAACUAUCAUCCAGAUGAUCGCAUUAUAAUUCGAGCCUUCGCCAAUGUCCUAGGUUCAUGGAGGACAUACAAAGCAGCACGUACUAUUGCAGACGAACUCGUGUUCCAUCAGUUCAUUGCCGGUUUCAACAGAAGCCACCCACUCUCAGAUUUCGUUGAUGCAGGCAGCCACAAGGAAGCAGCAGAUACCAAGAUCAAAGCGAACUUUGAGCUGUUUUACCGGAAUCGACAUUGCCAACACAUUCUAUUCGCUGGCUCAGCCGAUAGUGGCUAUGCAGGCUUCCUCUCCCAAUUCUCCCGACCAAACGAGGUCAAUGAAAAGAUUACACUUGUUGAAGGUCCUGCAUUCCCCUUUGAUCUCAGAAAGGUUGCUCAAGGCUUUCGUUACACGACCUUCCCAGCAGUUUUCAGAUCGUCCAAGAUUCAACUACCUGUUGGCCAAACAUCAGUGAUGACAGGACUCAAGCGCCCUGGUCCAGAGCUCAUCUCGAAUAGAGAGCGACCGUCCCCAACGACAGUCCGUACAGGAAUAAUCACUCCACCAACACCCCAAAGUUCCUCCGGACCUGUAUCAUCACGCCCGGUUGUACUUCCUCCAAUAAUUCUCAAUAGGUUUGAGCAACGGAUCGACACACCUCUUCAGAUCGACAAAGACUAUAUGCAACACCUGUACCAGAACCUCAAGCUAUGUAACAAUUUCUAUCUCAAGGGAUACUGUCCGUAUGGGUCGAAAUGCGAAUUCGACCACUCACAGAAUCUGAGUCCUAUUCAACUCGACACGUUUAGACACAAAGCCAGAAGCUCCAGUUGUCGGACAUCCUUCUGUCAGGAUCCCACGUGUUGCUUGGGCCAUCUCUGCCCCCGUGGUACCGGCUGCAACAUCAACCUAUGCAAGUUUGCACCAGAAAUGCACAACCCCGAUACAACCGAGUUGUACGUGUAUAAUCCUGCUACAAAUACGAAACAGCAAAUUCCCCCUGCCUAG